CCAUUACUUCUUUUAUUUUUCUGAAUGUAUGCAGGAUGUUUUCUUUUCUUUUUUUCAGUUUAACUUUACAGCUGUGGUAUUGGGGGAAGAUAUUUCCAGACGGACCACGCGUUUCCUGUUGUCCGUCAAACAUAACCAUCCGUUGACAAACAGGGCUCAUGCUCAGGAUGAAAAGGGAAAUAUUAGAAUAUUGACGUGAAAUCGCACGUUAUUUUUUACAAGAGCUAACGCGACGAUCUUAUACAAUUUAUAUAUAAAUAGUGGUGUUUUACAAAUGUCCUUUCUAGGGUUUGACAAAGUUAUCAAGUUAAGGUCGUGGCCGGUAUGUCUGAGCAAUCUGUGUGUGGAGACAAGGUGAGUUCAUGAGGAUGUGGAGGGCAGGCCGUGGUCCGAGUUUGUGGUUGGCCGGCGGCGGAGCAGCCAGGCUCUGUUCAAGCAACACCCCGAAGACACCGUCCUCCUCCUCAUCUCAUUUAAAGUCUCCACGACCCCAAGCUGAGAAACUGAGGCGUAGACGAGAGCGUGACGAGGCGAUACUGUCAGGUCAACGCAAUAGCACUGAAGAUACAUCAGCUAAAUGGAGCGAGAAGCAGAAGAUAGUUUACACUGCUCACACACCUCCUGGGACAAAAAAAGACACCAGCUUGCCAUUUCCAUCCUCUUACAGUCCAGAGUAUGUGGAGUCCAGCUGGUAUCAGUGGUGGGAGAAAGAGGGAUUCUUCAGUCCAGAACAACAUGAACAGCUGUCUCACAGUGUGGACCAGACCUUCUCUCUGUGUAUCCCUCCACCAAAUGUGACUGGUACACUGCACUUGGGCCAUGCACUGACUGUAGCUGUAGAAGAUGCUCUGGUUCGAUGGAGGAGAAUGCAGGGCUACAGGGUGCUGUGGGUCCCUGGAUGUGACCACGCAGGAAUAGCAACACAGGCAGUGGUGGAGAGGAAACUUUUGAGGGAAAAAGGGAAACACAGGCAGGACUUCACCAGAGAAGAGUUUCUACAGGAGGUUUGGAAAUGGAAGAACAGUAAAGGAGAAGAGAUCUACCAUCAGCUGAGGAUGCUUGGAGCUUCUCUAGACUGGAGUAGAGCCUGUUUCACUAUGGAUCCAGGUUUUAGCAGGGCUGUAACUACGGCCUUCGUCAAACUGUGUGACUCUGGGCUGAUAUAUCGCUCAGAGGGUUUGGUCAGUUGGAGCUGUGCACUUGAAUCUGCCAUCUCUGACAUAGAGGUUGAUGCAAAGGAGCUUUCUGGACAAACUAUGUUGGCUGUUCCUGGGUAUGAAAAUAAGGUGGAGUUUGGAACUAUGUAUACCUUUGCUUACCCUGUAGAGGGCCACGAUAUGGAGGUGGCGGUGUCCACUACACGUCCUGAGACUAUGCUUGGAGAUGUGGCUGUAGCCGUUCACCCAGAUGAUCCUCGAUAUGAGGCUGUUCAUGGAAAGCAGUGCAGACAUCCUUUCACCUAUAGACUCCUGCCUAUCAUCACUGAUACAAUGGUGGACAUGGAACUUGGAACUGGUGCAGUGAAGGUGACUCCUGCUCAUGACCACACAGACUUCCUGCUGUCACAGAGACAUUCACUGCCACGUCCCACAGUGAUUGAAGGAAAUGGGACAAUGACGUCAUCCUGUGGAGAGUGGCUCGAGGGCGUGAAGCGUUUUGAUGCCAGACAGCUUGUUGUGGAUGCUUUGGUAGAAAAGAAACUGUUUAGAGGAAAGACAAAUCAUGCCACAACUUUACCCAUCUGCAGCCGCUCAGGAGAUGUCAUUGAACCUCUUCUCAAGAAGCAGUGGUUCGUCCGUUGUGAAGAAAUGGCUAAAAACGCUAUAAAGGCUGUUGAUAAUGGGCAACUGGAAAUCAUUCCUCACUACUACACUAAGACAUGGAAGAACUGGUUGUCGAACAUAAGUGAUUGGUGCAUAUCCAGGCAGCUUUGGUGGGGUCAUCAGAUCCCUGCUUACCAAGUUGAACUUCCUAAUUCUACAGACAAGCAAGAGGAGCAGUGGGUUUGGGGAGAGAACGAAGACGAGGCCAGACAGAAAGCAGCUGUCAAAUAUGGAGUGAAGCCAGAAGCUGUCACGUUGACUCGGGACCCAGAUGUCCUUGAUACAUGGUUCUCCUCUGGGCUCUUUCCCUUUGCAAUGCUUGGCUGGCCAGAACAGACCACUGACCUUCAGCGCUUCUAUCCCAACUCCAUUUUGGAGACAGGCAGCGACCUCAUCUUCUUUUGGGUGGCAAGGAUGGUAAUGCUAGGAACAGAGUUAACCGGACAGUUACCCUUUAAACAGGUUCUGUUUCACUCGCUAGUGAGAGAUAAAUAUGGCAGAAAAAUGAGUAAAUCUCUGGGAAAUGUCAUCGACCCAUUAGAUGUUAUACACGGAGUUUCCCUGGAGAGACUUCAAGAGAAAGUGAAGGAGGGUAACAUUGACCCAAAGGAGCAGCUGGUUGCCAUGGAAGCACAGAAGAAGGACUUCCCCAAGGGAAUACCUCAGUGUGGGACUGAUGCUUUGCGAUUUGCACUUUGUUCUCACAAAAUGCAGGGAGAAGACAUUAGUCUGUCCAUCUCUCAGGUCCUGAGCUGCAGACAUUUCUGUAAUAAAAUUUGGCAGACUCUAAGAUUCACACUUGGAGUGCUUGGUGACAACACAACACCAGUGGGGACACUGGAAGAGACAACUCCUCUAAGCAGCAUGGACCGAUGGAUUUGCUCCAGACUCCACAGCACAGUAGCACAGUGUGAGAAGGCCCUUGAAGCUUAUGAGCUGCACAUUGUCACAUCUGCCCUUUACUCCUUCUGGGUCCAUAACUUGUGUGAUGUCUACAUGGAGUAUGCAAAGCCUGUGCUGGCCCAGGAGGAUAAGGGGGCAGUGGUACAAGCAGAUACAAACAGCAGUGGCAGAGCGAGGCAGGUGGCCAGCACUAUCCUCUAUCACUGUGUGUCUACGUCUCUGGCCAUGCUCUCCCCCUUCAUGCCUUUCCUCACUGAGGAGCUGUGGCAGAGACUCCAGCCAUUCAGACCUGAUGCUGGUGCCCAUACCAGCCUGUGUUUAGAGCCGUACCCACACUCCUCUCAGCUGGCGCACUGGCAUUAUCCCGAAGAGGAAAGAGACUUCCUGCUGGUCCAGGAUGUGAUCCGAGCGGCCCGAUCUCUACGAGCACAGUGUGGCAUGACCAAAGAAAAACCUGUCAUGUGGGCAACGUGUUCACCCAGACAGGCCCAGGUCCUCCUCAAGUUUGAGUCAGCUGUUUGGACUUUAGGUCGGAUAUCCAGGCUCCAAAUCUACUGUCCUGACGGUGCAGAUAACGUCCCCUCUGUCCACGCUACUCCUCCGCCUAAAGGAAGCCUCAUAGGUGUGGUGGACCACACAUGUCAGCUACAUCUUCACAUCCAAGGUGGAAUAAACAUUGACAAACAGAUCCAGCAGCUCUCUCAGCGCAGACACAAGCUUGUUCCAAAGCUGGAUGAAAUUCUUUGCAGAGUCCAAUCUCCAGACUACCUAAUCAAGGUUCCUGCUCAUGUCAGGCAGCAGAUGGACGAAAAGGUGUCAGCUAUGCAGCAGGAACUGAAGAUCAUUGAAGAUCAGCUGAAAGAGCUGCAAAAGACGCUUAGAACUGAAGAAUAACUACAGUCAGUGGGCAUUAUGCUAACCGUGUGGAAUGUUGGACAUUACAACAGAUUUAUUUUGAAUUAAAUACAAUGUGAAUGUUGAGAUGUUCUCCAGGCAUUGAGACAAAGACAAACUGUUAAUGUGGUGUUCACAUCAGGCAGUCUCCCACUGAUAAACUAUGGCACAGAACUCGGCUGUAUAAUGUAAUGAUAUAUAAUAUAAAUAAUAACUGCUGAGCUGCAGAAGACACAAUGCAGGUAUCCAUAGAAAGAGUUAUGAAUAUGUUUGUUGACAUACAUUUGUGUAAAGAAAACCAUUACUCGGAUUAUGGAUCAUUGUUUUUAAACUUCAUCUUUUCUGAAACUUUUACUGGAUAAAGGUCUUGCUGGGGA